CGUCAUCAGGUGAGGUGGAAACCAUGGAGAGGCUGUUGCUGUGUGUGAUGCUGGCAGUUGCCAUGGCAGUGCGGGCACAGAUCUGCCCGAAGCGUUGCGUGUGUCAGAUCCUGUCACCGAACCUGGCAACCCUCUGCGCCAAGAAAGGUCUUCUGUUCGUCCCGCCCAACAUCGACAGGCACACGGUGGAGCUCCGGCUGGCCGACAACUUUAUCACAACUGUGAAGAGGAAAGAUUUCGCAAACAUGACGCGGCUCGUAGACCUAACAUUAUCCAGAAACACCAUCUCCUUCAUCACAUCUCACGCCUUUGCCGAUAUGGAGAACCUUAGAGCUUUACACCUUAACAGUAACCGGCUGACGAGGAUAGCCAAUGAUACGUUCAGCGGGAUGUCGAAGCUCCACCACCUGAUCCUGAACAACAACCAGCUGGUAGUUAUCCACCAGGAAGCGUUCAACGACCUGCUGGCACUGGAAGAGUUGGACCUGAGCUACAAUAACCUGGACUCUAUUCCUUGGGAGGCCAUCCAGAGAAUGAUUAGCCUCCAUACGUUGAGUUUAGACCACAACAUGUUGGACUACAUCCCAGAGGGAACAUUUUCCCUGCUACAGAAACUCAACCGGCUGGACGUCACCUCUAAUAAACUCCAAAAGCUGCCACCAGACCCACUUUUUCAACGAGCACAGGUUCUGGCAACAUCAGGGAUCAUGACUGCCACUUCUUUUGCGUUGUCAUUCGGGGGGAACCCUCUCCACUGUAACUGUGAGCUGCUGUGGCUGCGGAGGUUGAACCGAGAAGACGACCUGGAGACGUGCGCUUCACCUCAACAACUCUCUGGGCGCUACUUCUGGUCUGUCCCUGAGGAGGAGUUCCUCUGCGAACCUCCACUCAUCACAAGAUACUCCCACGAGAUGAGGGUGCUUGAAGGCCAGAGAGUUACUCUCAGGUGUAAGGCCAGAGGUGACCCGGAGCCAGCCAUCCACUGGAUCUCUCCUGAGGGCAAACUGGUGUCUAACUCCUCCAGAACGUUGGUCUACAACAACGGGACUCUGGACAUCCUCAUCAGCACGGUGAAAGACACCGGCUCCUUCACCUGCAUCUCCUCCAACCCGGCCGGCGAAGCCCACCAAACAAUAGAGCUCAUUAUAAUAAAGCUCCCCCACAUCUCCAACAACACCAACAACAUACAGGAGCCCGACCCGGGAUCCUCAGACAUCUCCACGUCGACUCGAGGAGGGGCCAACGGGAGCAACGUGACGGGCGACGUGAAGGGCGGGGUGGACAAGAGGGUGGUGACAGCCGAGGCCACGUCAUCAACGGCGCUGAUCAAGUUCAACUUCCAGAGGAAUAUUCCGGGAAUCAGGAUGUUCCAGAUACAGUACAAUGGGAGCCAAGAUGACUCGCUGGUUUACAGAAUGAUCCCCCCAUCCAGCAAGAACUUCCUGGUCAACAACCUGGCGGCGGGGACGCAGUACGACCUCUGCGUGCUGGCCAUCUAUGAUGACAUCAUCACCUCCCUGACGGCGACGCGCGUGGUGGGCUGCGUUCAGUUCUCCACCGAGUCGGAGUACAUGAGGUGUCAUUUCAUGCAGUCUCAGUUCCUCGGCGGCACCAUGAUCAUCAUCAUCGGAGGGAUAAUCGUAGCCUCGGUGCUCGUCUUCAUCAUCAUCCUGAUGAUACGCUACAAGGUGUGUAACCCCGGUCAGGGCGGUAAAGGCGUCUCCUUGUCGAUGACCAACGUUCACUCGCAGACCAACGGGCAGCAGUCUCAGGGAUGCACCGUCACCCCCAGCUCCUCCAAACACGGCUCCAUCGGGUUGGACGACCUCUCUGGAGGCUCAAAGAAGAGGGGGGGCAAGGAUACCAUAACUCAGUCGUCCGACUCCUCCCUGCCCGACUGCUCCACCGCCACCUCGGUCCUCAGCCAGUCCUGGGCGGCCAGGAGCCCGACAGCCGCAGCCGAGGACCGGGAGAAGAGGGGUGAGGAGAGGGCCAUGGUUGGCGUCUCGUCGCCCAACGGCACCACCGGCACCCUCCCCAAGCCGAAGCGUAAACCUGCUCCAGGAAAGCCGGGCGGUUCCAGCACCUCGGCCCCCCCUGAAAACCCACCAUCCCCCUCCCCUCGCCCUCCUUCCUCAGCAUACUCCACCCCCUCCUCCGUGCUCCUGCCCUCCACCCCUCUGGAGAACCUCAACACCAACCGCAACAACUCCACCUCGCUCAACCAAACCCCGCCUCCUUACGUCCCUUCGCCUUACCCCACCCUGCCGUUCAAACCGAGCCCCGUCCCCUCCAUCCGGUUCAGUGAGACCCCCAUCCUGCGCCGGGCCCCCCGUGGCGCCUCCGCCUCCAGCAAGUACCUGACUCUCCCUGCGGAGGAGCUGGGGAGGAGCAGGGCGAGGAGGAGGAACUCGCUCUGUGACGGAGGCUCAAAGACUCACCCCGCCCAUCAAGGAGCAGCAGGACCACCCAAAAUAGGGCGGAUAAUGCGGAACAAAAGGAGCCAAUCAAUGAGCGGGAUUCUACUCCCCAAAGACGGGGACGGAGAAUCGGACAAAGGGCGGUGCGACUCGGACUGGAUCCUAGAGAGCACCGUUUGAACUGGAGAGAGACAGCAACCAUUCAAAUAAACUUUGUUUUUCCAUUUUUUGUAUGUCUGAGGUUUGGGUCGGUGAGUGGGUUUGAAUUUGUUGAGAGGUGUGUGUGUGUGUGUGUGUGUGUGUGUGUGUGUGUGUGUGUGUGUGUGUGUGUGUGUGUGUGUGUGUGUGUGUGUGUGUGUGUGUGUGUGUGUGUGUGUGUGUGUGUGUGUGUGUGUGUGUGUGUGUGUGUGUGUGUGUGUGUGUGUGUGUGUGUUGCUGUUUAGGAUGUGUGUACAGUGUGUUUGUGUUCAUGUUGGAACCUUUUGUUGUGUGUUUCUGGGUGAGCUUUUUCUGUUCGCUGCCUGUGUUUUUUUAAUUUGUAUUAUUUUCAUACUCUUUUCACCACAAAUCUCAGUUUACAGGUUUUUUAUUCACUUUGAAAGAUUCCUGUCUGUUUUCCGGUCGCCUUGUCUCGUAGCGUCUUCGAAUCUCGUCGGUUCCACUUUAUAGCACAAAACAAAAACAUGACAAUGCGCUCGCCACGUCAUUUUCCCGAUUCACAUUCACCUUAUCUGAAAAUACCACGAAAAGGGAUUUACUACAGGAAAAAAAGAGGAAUAAAAAACUAUACAAGAACUGCAAAGCACACCAUUCUCACGUUCACACACACACACAAGAAGUGUGUCUAUACCGUGGCAAGAGAAUAGCAGUCGGUGCCUUCUUUUGCAACAGACAGAUGACACAACCGGAUUCAAGAGGAUCCUGACCGAGGGGACGGAAAAGGAAGAGAUUUCACACAUAGCCUUUCUUACCUACCGAGGAGUACAGACCUUUCUCGAGAUAUACACAGACACAAACUGUGACGAACAGAUGAAGAAUUUACCUCUUGUGAAAUUGAUAUUUUUUAAAGGGAAGAAUUAAAAAAAAAAGUAACAUGAAAACCCUGUGAGCGUUUCACUGACAUUGGUAUAUACAGCCUGUGUUGGUCACGAGCUCCCGGAAAGCUUCUGUACAGAAAAAGACAACAUGUACUGUGUUGUUAUGUUGUGUAAAAUAAAAAGGGAUAAAAUGAAAA